AACAUAUCAGCUUGUCUAUCUUGGACUUAUUAGAUAGAUAAUAAUAUUGUGCUAGGGUCAGCACUCGGUGCUUUCAUUCCAAUAUCAUUCUUAGUCGAGACAUCGCGUCAAUCAUACGCGUCAAUUUAUUUUUUUAAUUAUAUUUUUUUUCGUGAAGCAUGCGACCUCUGUAUGCAAAUUAAGUAUCGAUCGGUCGGCGGGUUAUCGGUGCAAUCGUUUUAUUUAUUUUUAAGAAAAAAGAUAAGGGUUCCGAAAGAUGGUGAAGAAUCAGUGUGAUGCGCGGCCAGUGAAAGCUUACAUCAUGAGUGAUUUGCUGAAGAAAUUUGACCACGACACGAGGAACGAUGUCGUCCAAAUUGCUGUUGCGAUCGCUGGAUUCUACUUGGGGAUGUUUUGCUUGGAAUACGUGGACGCGGAGUACAGUCUAUGGCUGACAUGGUUCCUGAUGCCGGUGAUCGUGACCUUCCUGCUGCCGGCGGUGAUCAUCGUGCUUAUUUACAUCAGCGUCAUCAUCUUCCAUCUAUACAGGCUUUACAGGAUGAAGGUGGUGGAUGGGGUGCAACCUGAUUGGAAGCACGCAGCACGACUCGCUGUGUGUGCGCUUUGGGACGCGCAAGGCUGGCUGUGGCAUGGUUACGACAUCCAAGGUCUGGAGAAUAUUCCGGACGGGCCGUUCCUAGUGAUCUGCUACCACGGAGCUCUGCCCAUAGAUAUGUACUACUUCGUCGCACGCAUGCUGCUCUUCAAGAGGCGGCAUAUACAUACUGUUGCUGAUCGGUUCAUGUUUAAGAUUCCUGGUUGGGCGACCCUUCUAGAAGGCCUAUGCGUGAUCCCGGGCACAGUACAAACCUGUGCCUCAGUGCUGCGCAGUGGCAAUCCUCUGGCCAUCUCCCCUGGUGGGGUGUAUGAGGCGCAGUUCGGAGAUCACUACUACAGGCUCAACUGGAGGAAUAGGAUCGGGUUCGCUAAAGUCGCUCAGGAAGCUAAAGUGCCCAUAAUCCCAAUGUUCACUCAGAACGUUCGAGAAGCUUUCCGCACGGUAGGCUGGCUGCGAGGAGUCUGGCUAAAGAUAUACGCCACCUUCCGCAUGCCCCUAGCGCCGGUGUACGGUGGCUUCCCAGUCAAGUUGGUCACACAUCUCGGACCGCCGAUACCGUAUGACCCUGACCUGACUCCGGAGCAAUUGCAGUUGAAGGUGGGCCGUGCAAUCGAGGAGUUAGUGGAAGAACACCAAAGGAUCCCUGGCAGUAUACUCCAGGCUCUCAUAGAGAGGGUCCACUACGUACCCAAGAGGAGAAAGCCCCUCCCUCCUGGCACCAACGGGAAAUGUCAAAAUGGAGCCCUCAAGCCAAAUGACAGUGACAAGAGUGAAAGUGCUAAGUCAAAAGUAUCGUAAACUCUGCAGUGAAACAGUGAAGGAUUUUAUAUAAUACUUAUAUAAUUUUUAAUUAAAUUAAAUGGCGUUAAAAAAGAGAUUUGGCUGUUUAGAAAUUUUGGUACAACUUUUUUUUUUCGUGGCGGCCAUGUUUUUUUUCGUUGCUCUAUUGCAUGUGCACUUAUUUGUAUAGGCUGGAUUUUUGCUGUAUUUGAGAUAUACUGAUAU